AUGAAACUUCGAAUUUUACGAAUUCCAUUAGAUGGAGGUGAAGUGACCGUGUUCAGUGAUGGGCUACCUGGUUUUCCGGAUAAUAUCAAAGCCAGUCCACGUGGUGGAUAUUGGGUCCCUGUAUCACCUCUUCGUGACGAGCCUCUAUCUGAACUUCUACUCAAUUAUCUACCAGCUUAUCCUUGUAUUCGUCAGUUGGCUUCCAGUAUUAUCUCCAUGCUUCCAUUCACACUAAUACCGAAAGGAAAAUCGUCAAUGUUAAUUCGUUUAGAUGAAAAUGGACAGAUAAUUGAAAUUUGGAAAGAUUUUCAAAAUGAAUUACCAAAUGCUUGUGAAGUACUAGAACAUGAUGAUACUCUAUACACUGGAAGCUUUUAUCUACCUUACAUUGGUCGUUUAAGAAGAUUGUCAAAUUAA